UCUGUGCUGUUCUCUGAUGCAGUCAUCAUCAGAAGUUUGGCUCAGCAAAGUGAUGCAGGAUCAGUGGUGCAUGAGGGCAAAGGCAUCCAAGGGGUCAACGCAAGUGACACUGGUACAAUGAGUUCUUGGACAGAGAAUUCCAACCAUGAACCCGUCGCCGUAAUUUAUGAGAAAGUCGUCAACAAUAGCGAGUUCAUAUCACCAUCUGGUGGGGUGAAGCCGGAAUACUCCCUUUUCCUCAAGAACAACAGCAGACCAUUUUAUAGAAAAUUCGACAAAUUCGGAAAUGAGCAUACCAUCAGUCGUAAAAAAGAAAAUGGUGUCUCCGCACAACCCAAUAUGAGCUCUAUAAGAAAUGAGUUGCCGUUCAAUCGGACCAAUCAAAGUGAUUUCAUGCUUACAUCAAUUCCCAUGGUCAAUCAAGUGCAGGGUUUGGCAAACAACAGUGAGAUGAAUGCAUCAACACAUGGUGAGUGAAGCAUCAACA